AUGGACGACGAGGGGUCGGUGGAGAUCGAGGAACUCUUCGCUCUGCUCAAGCAAAGGCAGGAAACGGGAGGCGAGGCUGAAGGGCACGGGCCCAACGAAGAAGGCGCGGGUCGUGAUGGAGUUGGUGCUAGCCCCGAUCAGAACGUUCGACCAAUCAACGAGGUGACGUCUUCCGGCAUGUUUGGGCUGGACGGACCGCCAGACGUGGCGGAUGUCGAGAAGCUGCGGUUUGCCUGUGACGCUGUUGGCGCAGGUGCCGACGACGGCCGCGCGGGCCCGAGAACGUGGGUCGGAUCCUCGGUGGGGGGGGGUCGAGGGCGUGGCGACGAUGGCAGUGAGCCAUACAUUCGAGUCUCGCGGGGGGAUGAGUUUGCCGACUCCUUUGAGACGUCCUUCUUCGCCAGAACGUUCCCGACCCUGUUCCCAUUUGGCGUUGGGGGACCAAGAGCUGUUGAGGCAGGGGCGGCAGCGGGAGACAUCGUAUCCUCCCGAAGCUUGAACCUCCGGAUCUGGGCCGACAUCGUGCUCCGGCGCCAUGGUGGCCGGUUUGCGUUGCACCACAUAUUUGCAUUUCUCGUCUUCAACAUGGGGGUGCGGUCGAGGAACCGCCGCGUCAGCAUGCUGAGUGUGGCGAGGAAGGACUUCGGCAAGGUCGAGCGCGUUGCCCGCUCGAUGACCGCGCAAAGGUUAGCGGCGGCGAGGGUCGAGUUGGAGAGCUCGGGCAAGACGACCGAUGAGGGCUCGCUCAUCGUUGGCUACGGCGUUCCGGCCAUCUGGUUCACCAUCAACCCAAACGACAUUACGAACCCGGUGAAGCUGCGACUGGCGGCAUAUCGGACACGCGAUCCCGGCGCGGCCGAGGAGUUCCUAGAAGGCCUUGGGAGUGCGUACAAGCGGACAAGGCUGGCCAUGUCCGAUCCGAUGAGCGCCGCCGUAUUCUUCCACCGGGAGAUGAAGCUGUUCUUCGAUCAUUACGUGAAGCUCGAUGCUUGCCGACAUCCACGGGAGGAUCAGGCGGCGUAUCGCGAGCGAAUCAUACGAUACGUCGAUAGUGUCUUCUCCGAGGAUCUGGAUCAGGAAGGGUUCUGCGCCGUGCAAGCGGGGCGAUCUGUGACGUCCGAUAUUUCCUCCCUGCUGGACAACACCGAGCAGUUUUCGGCCGCAUUUGACCAGGAGGCCAACUUCUGUGCCGGCGCUACACAGAUCCGGAGGACUCACAGCAUGGUCAAUCGAUGGAACAAGGCUAUCGCUGUUGGGCUCCGGCACAACCACGACAUUUCCUUCAUUGCGACGCAGCGCAAGACCAUGGCCCUUAUGUAUUAUGUCACGAACUACGCGACGAAGGUGGAGGACCCGGUGUGGAAGCGUGUGGCGGCCGCGGCCGAUCUCCUGGCCGCCUCAACGGGUGACGGCACGGCCAACGGAGGACAGGACGACGGUGGAGGUGCUGUCGAGGUCGUCGCUCAUCUUCUUGGAUAUCCGGCCGAGUUCACCAACAGCAGCGCCUGGGCGUACCUGAACACAUCUCUGCUGUACUGGGAAGUCUUUCGACGGUGGCCGUAUCUCCGACGAGCAAGUGGCGCGGCGGCCAUAGAUGAUACUCUGGAUGAGUCGGUGCUCAGGCGGCCGGGCAAGCAUGCUACCGUCUGCCUCGAUGGCUACCUGAGCAAGGACUUCGGCCACAACGACGACGAGGAGUCGUGCCACCGGAGCAUCUGGGAGCGGGCGCGAGAGGCGCUGGCCCCGAGAAUAUCAUGUCUCGUCGACAACGUGCAGCUGCUUCGACGAUCAGCCGAAGACGCAAAGCGCGACGCCAAGCAAUGGGCGGCCUCAUCCGGCGAUGGCGAUUCCACGGUCGCCCACGUCGAGGAGGGCGAGACAGGCGAGGCGGGCGCAGAAUUUGCAGCGACGUAUCGGUCCAACAACAUCGGAGACGCAACGCGCCUGAUCGACGUCGUCCGAGGCGCAGUGGGCACGAAUCAGGUGACGGCCAAGUCGCCGGAGCUCAUGGCAAUGAUGCGGCAGCUCUGUCGAUUCCAGCAAUCGGCGCUCUGCUCAACGGCCGAGCUCGAGGCCAUCGCGAUUCCCGAACAAGGGUUGAGGUGCAUAAGCAUGCCAGGGCGGGUAUUUUCCGGGGCCGCACUACCGCCGCAGGAUCAGGUCAAGGCUAUCAAGUCGCAGCAGAUAAGGACUGCCGCGGCGCAGAUCAACGGCAUCACGAUCCACCCGCCUGCGGGUUCACUAAAGACCAAGGGGCGGGCGGCGCGAACACAGCCAAGGACCUUGACGGGAAAGAUUUCGGGGAUCCCCAUCGUCCUCUUCUGCGGAGACUUUCAGCAGUUCCGGCCGGUCCAAGAGAGGUCGAUCGUCCUGCCGAGCGCGGCCAUCUCGUGGGACGUAGACAACUCGUUCAAGGCCGAGCAGCGGCACCAGCACGACAAAGCGCACGCGCUGUGGAAGAGAUUCACGACGGUCGUCAUGUUGAACGAGCAAAUGCGCGCCGCCGGUGAUCCGGAAUUGCAGGGGCUGCUGAAGCGGAUCCGGCAGGGUGUGCAGGACCGCACGGAUCUGGACCUCCUCAACUCAAGGUGCUACCGCGAGGGCAGGCGGAUCCCUUGGGAGACUGGCAUCACCGUGGUGACGCCGCUGAACAGGAAUCGGUGGAACCUAAACAUGGAGGCAAGCUUGGCGUUCCGGGUCCAGCAGCGGUCGACGAUGCGCAUCUUCAUCUCUGAGCACAAGUGGAAGGAGGGCCUGCCGACCGAGGAAGAAGCGAUCAUGGUACUCAAUCAAGGCGACGAUAGCGCGAUCCCCGUGCCGGCCGUCUUCAUGUUCGUGGCCGGGAUGCCGGUCGUCGUGAACCACAACACCCAUCAGGGGCUGAAGCUGGUGAACGGCGCCGGCUACUCGGCGGUGGAGGUCAUUGUCGACAAGGCGUCCCCAGGGCAUCGAAUCUCGUCCGACAUGACGAUCCACUUCGGCCGCCGGCGGGGAUAUUACUGGAAUCGGCGACGACAAAGGACCUCCACUUCGUCGGGAUGCCGCCGGGCACGAUCUUGUUAA